AUGGUCACACCCUUUCGCCAAACCCGGCCGCUGGCCUGGGUAGCAUGUGUUGCAGGCGUGCAGCAGGUUCGGGCCUUGAACUCAACAUCGGCCCCAACUUCUGCUUCCACUUCCACAACCAGCGUGGCAGCCCCAGGCGUACCAGUCUGUGGGCUCGCUGCGAACUUGGCGAUGGUGUAUGACUGGAAUAAGACCAACGCAGAGACGAUAACUCACACAGUGGUCCCCCACAUCACAACAUAUCCCAAUGGUAGCGCUAUAACAAGCCUCCAGACUAUCACAGCGAGCGCACCGGAGGUGACGGAUUUCGUGCGCAAUACCGCGGUGAUAGACGGCUGGUUCACCAUGACCUAUCCGGAGACAUGGAUACAGUACAUAGACUUUUGGUCGGCAAACUGCACAGAGCGCGAUCUCACUUCCCGGACUGUCGACUACGACAGUAAACUCAUUAUGCCUGCAACUACAGAUCCUGCGAAAUUCUUCUACACAGCACACAACUCAGACUGGUACUUUGGGCAUAACCCAGCAACAGUCACCCCGGCAAUGGUCGAUUAUCUUGCCGGGCUUCAGACUGUCGUCGAGCAAAUGUCAGGCCAGGACAUUAGGACGUGUACAUUUGCGACUUGUGCUCAGACAGCCGUGGGCCACUCGAUGGUCUCGGCUUCCGUCCUGAUCCAGGCAACCGAAACCGUGGAAGCUGUACACUAUACAGCCCCAGCUCCGGCGUCCUCAGAGAGAAGCACGGCAGAGGCGCCCUCCCCGCCUGAAUCAACACCACUGCCUACUUCGACGCAGCAAUCGCCUAGCCCUAUACCGACGACCACCUCAGUUUCUGAGCAGCCCUCCUCUCAGAAGACAUCGAUUGCUGAGCAGUCACCAGCUACGAGUCAGGUGGCUCCUGAGCAGCCCGCUCAAUCGUCUGGUCAAAUACCGCCCUCGGAACAGACUCCGAGCCCAGAGCAGCCCAACAGCCCAGUCUCAUCUGUAGAGGUCACUUUCAUCUCCACAGAGGUUUCCAACGGCGUGACAGCUAUCAGGACCCUGGUCGGCCCCUCCAGCAACGCUGCCCCAGUUGCUCCAGCCGAAACAACGUUCGUCCGCACAGUGACAGCAGAUGAGCAGACCCUCGUCCAGACAGUGGUGUCGCCGGUGGCCGCUGCCUCUCCAGGGGAGGUAACAUUGGUGCAGACAGUCAACACCAACGGCCAAGCCUCUGUUCAGACGUUGGUGUCGAUCGUGCCUGCUCCUAGUGUCCAGGCGUCAGAGGUGACUCUGGUCCGAACGACCACGUCGGGCGGCAGCACGGUCCUGGAGACAGUGGUCUCUAUCUCACAAGGCCCAGGAGGAGACAACCAGGCGUCGGAGGUGGCGCUGGUCAGGACGGCCACGUCAGGUGGAAGUACGGUGUAUGAGACGCUUGUCUCGAUUGCACAGGAGUCGGCAGGCAGAGGGCAGGCGUCGGAGACGUCGCAGGUGACUUUCCUGAGGACGAUAACCUCCAAUGGACAGACACAGGUGCAGACAGUAGUAUCGGCGGCUCCAACGGGAGAGGUACCAGCACAGACGACUUUCACCAGGACGGUAGUGUCAGACGGGCAGACGUACUCGCAGACCGUCGUGUCACCGCUUGCUAGCGGGGCGGCCACGGGGCCGUCAACCGUCGGAAGCAGCGGGCCGGCAGACGCGACUUAUACGGGGCCAGCUGUGACGGCCGGGGCUGCUGGGAGUGUGACCAUCUUUCUGCCCUUGGCCUUCUGCCCUCUCGUCGACGUCGAGACAACGACAAUGCUCACCACCUACGCUCUCAACUCCUGA